AUAAUAGAGGAGUGACUCAGGUUCGUAGGUAGCCCGUCAAUACUUCUGAGCCCUUUUAGUAGUGCCUUGUUAUGCAUGUAUCACAUGAUCCUCAUCCGGGUCUUGGACUCUUUGUAAGAUCCACCCGCCGCCAAGAGAGAAUGAGAAAUCCUUCCCGAAAAUGACGUCGAAGGAGUCAAGAUAGAUUCAGGCAAAUCGGUAAUCAAUAGUUCGGGUACAGCCGUUUAUUCUCUCUAUACAGCUUUGCUCCGUAUUCAUCAGAACGUUAUCAUCUUCAGCAGCAUUCCGGUGUAUCGACUCUUAUCGAGGACGAAAAUCAGAGCAAUUCCAUAUUCAUGUUCCUACCACCCGCCUCGAACAUCCAUCCAGACAAUGGCUUCGCCAACAUCCAGUCUUGUCCACCCUUUCCAGGUCUCCAUCGCUCAAUCCACUCUCGACGACUUGCAAACACGUCUUCGCUUAACCCGCUGGCCGGACAAGGAGACAGUCACCGAUUGGUCUCAAGGUGUCCCGCUCGCGGCUAUCCAAGACCUCUGCGAGCACUGGCAGACAAAAUACGACUGGCGACGAUGCGAAGCGCUGCUCAAUUCGUAUCCUCAGUUCACGGCGGCCAUUGACGGGGUGGACAUUUACUUCCUGCACAUUCGGUCCAAGCAUGAGAAUGCUCUCCCUCUUGUGCUUACGCAUGGCUGGCCUGGUUCCGUCCUGGAAUUCAGGCACAUAAUCGACAAGCUCGUGGGCCCCGAGUCGGACGGCGGCUCUCCUGAAGAUGCGUUUCACCUCGUCGUUCCAGCACUGCCGGGCUAUGCCUUUUCUGGGAAGCCGACAGAGACUGGAUGGGAUUACCGUCGCACGGCGCGUGCAUGGGCAACGCUGAUGCAAUAUCUGGGCUAUGCAGACGACGGAUGGGUCGCCCAAGGCGGCGAUUGGGGAGCUCAUGUGGUCGCAAGUCUUGGUCACCAAGCACCGAGAGGAUUGAAGAGCGUUCAUUUCAACUCCAUCUUCUUUGAACCCAAGAAAGAAGUCCAGGUCCCGAUCUCCGACACAAAGGGGGGGGAGCGAGCCAUGUACCUGGAAGGCCGUCGAGAUGCUGGUCACCGCGGCUACUCUUUGCAGCAGUCAACGAGACCGCAGACCAUUGGCUACGGGCUUGCCGACUCACCGGUCGCCCAGGCGGCCUGGAUGUAUGAAAAAUUCAGAGACUGGUCUCAUAACGAUGGCAAUGUCGAGACCGUGUUUAGCAAAGACGAGAUGCUCGACACGAUCAUGCUGUACUGGCUCUCCAAUUCGGGCACAUCCUCUGCUCGUUACUAUUGGGAGUGCGAGUUCGACUCGACUGCCUGGCCGAUCAACAUACCGGUUGGCGUGAGUUGGUUUGGCGGCGAUAAUAGUUAUGCUCCUAAGGAAUGGUGUGAGCGGUAUUACAGCAAUAUCGUGUAUUGGAAGGAGACGGAAAGAGGCGGUCACUUUGCGGCGUGGGAGGUGCCCGAAGACUUUGUCGCGGAGAUACGCCAGUGGCGAAGGAAGAUCAGGUGAGAAGGCAUACCUUAGACAUAGUUUGAAGACUUUUAUAUAUAUACGCGUGAUCGUGAGCAAGUCCUGAAUGGAAGCCUUCGUCUGUGUCUUGGUUGCAUAUCGAUGAUACUAGGAUUGACUAUUGUCAAGGCUAGAGUGUCU